AGCCUAUAAAAAGUGUGCUGCUGUCUGUCGGGGACUAAAGGCUGGGCAAGUUGAGACUGCUUUAUUUGGCAAUACUUAUAAGUUUCCUUUUCCUCUCAUAGUGUCAGUAACAGCAGACUGUCCAGACUGUGGAGUUCCAUCCUCAAGACGUUCCCUCACAUGGCACUGUGCAAAUUCUUUCCCCUGGUCCUGGUGGGGGUCGUGGUGUUUGCUGUGAGUGGGAUCUUUGGAGACCCCCUGUAUGAGUGCCUCCAGGACACUGACUACAGCGAGCUCCUGGACAUUGUGGAUAAAGGCCUUCCUGUCACUAAAACACCCCGUCAUGUAGCAGUCAUCGGUGGGGGCAUCGCUGGACUGACCGCUGCAAAGUUUUUAGAAGAUGCUGGACAUAAGGUGACCAUAAUAGAAGCCAGUGAGCGUAUUGGGGGACGUGUAGAGACCUUCAGGAACAGAAAAGAAGGCUGGUAUGCAGAAGUGGGCGCCAUGAGGAUCCCCAGCUUUCAUAAGAUUCUGCUAUCUUUUGCCUCCAAAUUACAAAUGUCCUUAAACCACUUUAUCCAAGAUGACAUCAACACCUACUAUUUGGUGAAUGGAUUGCUUCAGAAAACCUAUGCAGUGGAAAACAACCCCGGAGUGCUCAACUACAGCUUGAAUGAGAGAGAGAGGGGGAAGUCAGCCGCUCAACUUUUCAGUGAGGCACUGUGGAAGGUGAGGGAGGAUCUCAAGACAAUCGGCUGCAGUGCCAUGUUGGAUAAAUAUGAUUCGUACACAGUGAAGGAAUAUCUGGUGAAGGAGGGCAACCUGAGUCGUGGAGCCUUGAGGAUGGUCGGCGACAUCCUGAACGAAAACAGCCUCUUCUACACAUCACUGAUAGAGAUGCUGUAUAUACAGUCAGACAUCAAUGACAACACUGAGUACUUUGAAGUAACGGAUGGCUUCGAGCACCUCCCGAGGGCUUUCUACCAGCUGUUAAACGCCACCAUCCUUCUCAACUCCAAGGUCAAGCUAAUCAGCCAAACAGGCGGCAGCAACGUGACAGUAACAUACCAGGACUGGCGGAAUUCAGACUCCCUGACCAACCUCACAGUGGACUACGCCUUGGUUACAGCCACAGCGAAGGCCACUCUCUUCAUUGACUUCCAGCCACCUCUCUCUGGGGACAAGAUGGAGGCCCUGCGCUCAGUUCAUUACGCCAGCUCCACCAAGGUGGUACUCAGCUUUAGGGACAGGUUCUGGGAGAAAGAAGGCAUCAGAGGAGGGAAGAGCAUUACAGACCGGCCGUCUCGCUUCAUUUACUACCCCAGCCACAGCUUCCCUGGUACAGCCGCCGGAGCCCUCCUGGCGUCUUAUACCUGCUCGGACGAUUCCACCCUCUUCCAAGGGAUGAGCGAUGAGGAGCUGAUGGCUGUGGCCCUUGAGGACUUGGUGAAGAUCCAUGGAGAGUACAUCAGGCCACUGUGUACAGGGGGGCUGGUAAAGAAGUGGGGAUUAGAUCCUUACAGUCUGGGAGCAUUCGCCCUGUUCACACCGUACCAGGGACACUACGCCAGAGAACUGUUUCAGAGUGAGGGACGGGUACACUUUGCAGGAGAACACACAGCCACGCCACAUGGGUGGAUCGAAACUGCAAUGAAAUCUGCGCUCAGAGCAGCUAAACACAUUAACAGUCUUACAGUUUAGUUUUGUCUAGGAAAUAUUUUUUAUAUUACAUUUUUUGUCUGAUAUAUUGCCCUUUCAGUACUAAACCCCUCUGAUGUAUAUUUUUGUGUUAUGUAUAUAUUGAUUUACACACAUUCUCAAACUGACAAACUGACAUUCUGAUCAGAUUACCAUGAACAGAAAUGCAAAUAUUAUUUAAUUAAGAUCAUGAUUUGCAGGGUUUUACUGUCGCAUGGUGUGUGACGCACGAGCCACGUAACUAAUUGUUAAUUAGUUCAUUAACAAUUAUUUUAAGCAUUAGUUAAUCUACUGAUCAUUUUCUUGAUUAAAAACAUGUUUUUUGCAA